CCGUGGUAAUGAAUAUUCUGGUAAACUGGUGAAGUUCCAUACCCAUCACUUUCAGUACUGAUGCUGUCAAUGUCCUGUUACAUGAACAACACAGCUUUUGUCUGGGGGAAAACAGAAGAGGUCGGUGUCUCAGGGGAAGAUACUGAAGAAGAUGCAGGCACGCUGAAAACUUCAGAAAAGUGAGCCAUGUGUCCUUCUGAAAGCUGAAAAGUAGCCCCCUGAUAGGGUCAUGAACCUAAGACAAGUCUUUGUGUCUGUACUGAUGUUUGGAGUAGCUGGUCUACUCCUCUUCAUGUAUCUGCAAGCUUGGAUUGAAGAACAACAUACAGAGUCUGGAGAAAAACUGCAACAACAGAUAAUUAAUCAGGAUUUCACGCUCCCACCUCCGGGGAUGCCGAGGAGAGCAGCGUGGAGCAGGAGCGUUCCUCCUGGCCUCAGUAAGCAUGAGAUGGCCGUCUCGGGCAGCAGGCGCUGGCGGGGCAAGGCUGACCUUUUCGGUGUGGUGGCUGCCUCCUUGGUGAGCCAACUGUCUGACCAGCGGAAGAUGAGCAAGUCACCUCUCAGCCGGUUCGGAGGGGUGUAUUUACCUCCUGCACUGCACCCUUUAAACAAGACGUUAGUCAAGGGUGGCAAGUGGAAGGAUGUGGAUAGUGCCCAGGAAAAGCGCAGGUCCUUCCUGCAUGACUUCUGUAAGAAAUACAACAGCAGAAAGAAGCUGCGAACCCACCUCGUGCACUUGGUGUCAAGAAUUUAUGUGGAGGACAGGCACAAGGUCCUGUACUGCGAAGUGCCGAAAGCAGGCUGCUCCAACUGGAAAAGGGUCCUCAUGGUGCUCAAUGGACUCGCCACUUCAGCACACAACAUUUCCCAUGACGAUGUGCACUAUGGAAAGCAUCUAAGGAAACUGGACAGUUAUGACCUAAAAGGGAUAUACACACGCUUGAACACGUACACCAAGACUAUAUUUGUACGUGAUCCUAUGGAAAGACUGGUAUCUGCCUUCAGGGAUAAGUUUGAACAUCCAAACAGCUAUUACCAUCCAGUAUUUGGGAAGGCAAUAAUUAAGAAGUAUAGACAUAACGCAAAUGAAGAGGCAUUGAAAACAGGAUCAGGAGUUAAGUUCAAGGAGUUUAUCCAAUAUUUGUUAGAUUCCCAUCGCCCCGUAGGAAUGGACAUUCAUUGGGAGCAAGUCAGUAAGCUCUGCUUUCCCUGCCUCAUCAACUAUGAUUUUAUAGGAAAGUUUGAAACGCUGGAAGAAGACGCCAAUUACUUUUUGCAGCUGGUAGGCGCUCCAGCCGAGCUGAAGUUUCCUAAAUUCAAAGACAGGCAUUCCUCUGAUGAGAGAACGAGUGCAGAAGUAGUGAGGCAAUACUUAAAGGAAUUGUCUAAGGAGGAGAGACAGCUGACCUACGACUUCUAUUACUUGGAUUACUUAAUGUUCAAUUAUACAUCACCAAUUGUAUAGCACCAGAAUAUCUUCAGGCUUCUAUUAGAUAUUUAUCAUUUUGGGAUUCAAAACAACUACUUUGAUAUUAGCCCUGAAAGGAAACAAAGUUACUGUUAAGUGGCGUUUUCUUGACUUAGUGGGGAUUUUAUAAGCUAGAGUGACAUCAGUUGACAUUAAAUUAUAGGAGAAUGCACAAAAAAAGACCUGUAAACAGCAUAAAUUGCACUAAAAUGCCUGAAAAAGCUGCUUUUACCAUUAUGGAUUAUACUGUGGAAGCGGUAGCGCAGCCAGCUGUUGCAUUAGCUUACCUAAUGUUCUUUUAAUGGUUUAAGAAAAAAGCAUUCAGAGUAGCAUGAUUCUUUUUUGGUGUGUCUGCUUUAGAAAUUGUUUUUGAAACUGUUUUUGAAUGUAUUUUUUAC